AUGGGAUUGGAAGGAUGUAGACCCAGUUCGUUCCCGAUGGAACAAACCUUGAAACUCGAUCGAGCAGAGGAAGAACCAAAAGUUGAUGCCGGCCAGUAUCGCAGGUUAAUAGGGAGGCUUUUGUAUUUGCAAGCUACAAGGCCUGACAUCUCAUUCUCUGUUAACUUGCUAAGUCAAUUUGUGGCUGACCCAAGACAACCACACUAUGAUGCGGCUAUUCGGAUUGUUAGGUACUUGAAAACAACAGUCGGUCAGGGGAUUUUGUUACCAAAAGAAGGGGGCACUAACUUAGUCACAUAUUGUGAUUCCGAUUGGAUGGGAUGUCCUUUUUCUAGACGGUCACGUACGGGAUACAUGCUCUUAUUUGGUGGGGCACCUGUCUCUUGGAAGUCUAAGAAACAGUCUGUGGUUUCACGAUCCUCAGCAGAAGCGGAAUACCGGGCUAUGGCAACUACGGUUAGUGAAAUUUUGUGGAUUCCUUGGCUGCUCAAUGAACUCGGUGCACAACAAUCUACUUCUACUAUUUUGUUUUGUGACAAUGAAGCAGCUCGUCAUAUCGCCAAUAACCCAGUGUUUCACGAGCGUACCAAACAUGUUGAAAUGGACUGUCACUUUGUCCGAGAACGAGUAGAGUCCAAAGAAAUAUUGCCAAUGCAUAUUGAAUCGGCAAAUCAAAUAGCAGAUUUAUUGACCAUGUGA